UUCGGUUAAUGGCGGCGCCCUGCGCUGGGUCGCGUCCGUCGUGAUGGCGAAAGAAAAUCAGGCGUCGCUCAAGAAUUCCAAGUUCAAGAGCAAGCCCAAGAAGCCGAACAGAGACAAGGAACCUUCCUCGUCCUCGUCUUCCAAUGAGAACAAGGCCCCGUCUGGUGGAGCCGACACCGGCUCGUCCGCGGUGACAGUAGCGGCCUCUAAGCCUUCAGCAUCGUCGUCGGGGUCGUCUUCCGGCGGUGCCGGGUCGUCGUCGGCCGCGUCGUCGUCGUCGGCGGCGGCAUCGUCCUCGUCUUCGCCGCAGAAUGCCUGGGUGCUGGACGAGAUACGAGGCAUGAUGCAUGGCUUUGGUGACAGCAGUGAACCGCUGCUCGAGUCUGUGACACUGGUGGAAGACAUCGUGACUCAGCAAAUCAAGUGUGUGUUACAUCGUGCUGCCGAGGUUGCCAUGCUUCGUGGCUCCAAAUCCGUUGCUAUCGAGGACAUCCUUUUUCUCAUGCGGAAGGACAAGUUCAAGCUGGGCCGUCUGGUUCGCUACCUGGAGCUGAAGUCCUUGCAGGGCUACAUCUACUCAAAACUUCCCACAGAUGACGAAGAGGCAUCGACUGCAUCACUCGCUUCUGUGGAGUCAGCUUUGGCAGAUGUAAAACCCGAAGGAGGACCUCAGUUCAAGAGAACAAAGAUUUGCCGGGAAUUCAUUUCGUUCAUCGAUCAAACAGGAGAGUUGGAAGAUGCAUUCAACGAGUCUGCAUUUGAUGAAGUCAAGCACGAAAGGGAAAUGAGGUUAGAGGCACAUACAAGAACCAUGGACCAAACCCAGUACAUGGAGUACUCCAACGCAAGAGCAUCGUCCUUCUGCAGAAAACACAAGUCAGCACGGUUUCGAGAGUGGGUAAUGAAGGACAUCGACAGUGACAUGAAACUGUCGUCUUCAGUCUUGGAUGUCUUCAGUUACUUGGCCUACGAAACUGUGGCUCAGAUUGUAGACUUGGCACUGCUGAUAAAGAAGGAAUCUAAGCAUGACCCCAGUGAUCCACUGACCUGGUCGAUGCCCCCUUUGGCUGGAAACCCAGGAUUUCCUUCCACUCAGUUCUUCAGCUUCCAAGACAAGCCAUGGUUUCAGAGUAGCGAGGGUGCGACGUCUAAGAGUGGCGAUGGUAUCAAAAAAGCUUUGCUUCCAUCUGAGUGCAUCAAACCAGAAGAGAUUAGAGAAGCCAUGCAUAGAUAUAUGACUCGACGAGGACCCAUGGCAUCUUUUGCUAAACCACAAGUUCAAGGAGCUUGCAGGCAUCUUCUCUGUUGCUGAAUUCAACCUAGGGGUAGAAACAUUGUUGCCUGCAUUUCAACAAUGCUGCUCAAACUGUCACCUCUUCGGCUCCUCACGAGGGUGUCGGACAUGCGACGAGCCUUCACGACAUUCGGGCCAAGCGGAGGCAUCCGUUCCGUCGGACUGCUUUCACUCGACAGAGACUCGUUCAGAAAAGGAUCACUGGCGGCAAUGGACUUGAGCCUAAGUCGGCUCUGCUGCGAGUCCAUCGAAAGCCGGCGAGCUGCCCGUGGUCUCUUGGCCGUGCUCUUGAC